GCUUAGAGAAAGAGAGAGAGAGAGAGAAGGGUCUUCCAUCUUAAUUAUUUGACAAGUCUAGGGUUUGAUUUUUCCAUUUGUUCUACGUAAAACUGUAACUUUCAUUUUACUUUUCCAACCCCAGUCUAUGGAAUAUUUCACUUCUUAAGGUUCAUGUCUUAGUUUAGAGCUAUGCAGUUUGUAAGAAGCCCUAGAUCAUCAAGAAUUCAUCACCAAAAAUGCUAAAAUAUUUACUCCAUCAAGCUAACAAGAGAAACUUUUAGUAAAAAUGUCGGAGGAUAGUGUUGAGAGUGGAUGUAAUUCCAAGACAAGCUCUAAUUUUGGACAAACUGAGGAUGAAGCGGAGAAAGCCUUGAGCAAGUUAAAGGAGGGAGGAAGCUCAAGCGACAGUACAGUUGAAGAGAGUGAAAAGAAGCCCUGUGUGAGACCUUAUGUUCGAUCCAAGAUGCCUAGACUCCGAUGGACUCCUGAUCUCCAUCUCCGUUUUGUUCAUGCCGUGGAAAGACUUGGUGGACAAGAUCGAGCAACACCGAAACUAGUUCUUCAAACGAUGAACAUAAAAGGACUCAACAUUGCUCAUGUCAAGAGCCAUUUGCAGAUGUAUAGAAGCAAGAAGUUGGAUGACCAAGGUCAAGGGAUUUCACAUCAUCACAAUCGUUUUAUGGAAGGUGGAGAUCAAAAUAUCUUCAAUUUGAGCCAAUUCCCAGUGUUCCCUACUUCCCAUCAGAGGCUCAAUUCCCCUUUUAGGUAUGAAGAUGCUUCUUGGAAUUGCCAUGGCAAUUGGAUGCCUAACACCACAGUGGGGCAAAGUAUACUAAACAGGACCAGAGGAGGAUUUUACCCUACACUGAAUCAAGAUUUAUGUACAGGGAUUCCAUCUUUCAUCAGUGAAAGAUCCGCUUUACAAACAAAUGAAGUUAAAGAUGAAAUUGGAUUAUCCAGAGGAAAACCUAGGGAUGAGCUCACUAGGUUGUUUCAUAUAGUUGCAAAAGCUCAAGCAAGAGCCGUUGGUGGAAAUGGAAAUACUUCUCCUCCAGAUUUGGAAAGAACCAUAAAUCUAGAAAAGCAGACUCCUUUAAAAAGGAAAGCUUCAUAUUGUGACCUUGAUCUGAAUUUAUGUCUAGGUGCAAAGCCAAGGAUUAAUGAAGAGAUAAUAAACCAUGAUGAUAAUGAUAAUGGGAGUAGCUUAUCAUUGUCAUUGUCAUCACCAUUGUCUUCUUCAAGGGUUACAAGGUUUAUGGAAGAUGCUAAUAUUGAUGCUACAACAGGGUUCACUCAACGGGCAGUAAGGAUCGGGUGCGAAUCACAUCCCACCCUAAUUUUGGGGCGUGACAGUAAUAUUGAUGCUACGACAGAAAAUGCAAGACAAAGGGCAAGUACUCUGGAUCUGACUCUAUGAAUGAGGACAAUAUUCUAAGUGAGAUCUUGAGGUACUUGUUUCAUGUUAUUGAGUCUUGACUAUGUCUUAGUACCAUUUACCCAAGUUAAUAUUAUUAUUAUUAUUAUUAUUAUUAUUAUUAUUACUAAAUAGUACUGUUGGUUUUUGUUGUCUCUAUGUUAUCAAAACAAGAAGUAUUUCUUAGCGAGAUAUUAUCUACUUCAUGAUUUGAGAA